AUGUGUUCGACGACAUGGCUCGAAGCUACUCAUAACGCUGAAAUUAUUGGAUUUUUUCUAUCACUUACUUUAAAUUUUAUACUUUUAUUCUUGAUAAGUGAAAUGCCUAAAAAGACAUUCGGCAGCUAUAAAUACCUGAUGUUCUCAUUUUCGGUACUGGGGAUUUAUUAUUCUUGCUGUGCUUUUUGGAGCAAUCCGAAUGUACAUAUAACUGAAUGGUCAUUCAUUGUAUUCAACGUGCAGAAGUAUACAACACUGACAAAACCUAUUGGAACUAUUGCAAUAGGUAUGUACUGCUCGUGCUACGGAAUGAUGCUCUCUCUGCUCACAAUUCAUUUCUACUAUCGAUAUCUUUCUGUGACGUGUCCUUCUCAACUUUCAAGAUUUUCGGCAAAGUUCGUUCCAAUAUGGGCGAUCAUUGUAGUUACUAACUCAUCUGUGUGGUUUUUCACAAGUUAUCACUUAAAUGGCCCAUCACAAUUAAAAGAUCUACAUGUAUACCCAGAAUUUCUAAAAUCGUACUGCUUGAAACCGGAUGACUUUGCAUAUGCGUCAGCUCAAUACUUUUAUGAAGAUCAUGUCUCUGAAGGGGUGAAAUUUCAUUUUCUAUCUCUUUUUGCAACUGGAGUUAUGGCUGCAAUUAUGGUUUUUACACUGAGUGCAAUAUUUUAUUUUGGAAUACAAACUUAUAUCCAUCUGUAUAGACUCAGUUCUAUAGCUGGACUUGAUAAUCGAGAACUUCAAAAUCAACUCUUCCGAACACUAGUUGUGCAAACAGUCAUCCCAUUUUUCUUCAUGUAUUUUCCCGUUUCAUGUAUGAUCUUACUGCCGUUAUUUGGUAUCAAAGUUAAGGAAAUAGGAAAUAUUGCUCCAAUUUUUGCUGCAAUAUAUCCUUGCUUUGAACCACUUGUUGCUAUGUUUAUCAUCAAGAAUUUCCGGUACAGAAUUAUUGGUUUGUUAACUUGCAACAGAUUCAAGAAACCAGUUACAGUACCUGUGAGACCAAUGCCUAAUUAA